UAUAAAUUACAGCAACAGCAGUGGGCAGAAGCAUCCACCUCUCUGUGCUCUGCACUGCAGAUACGGUACCAACACCAUAUCAAACCACCAAUCAGAUCAAGAUGGAAAAUAAGAAGCAAGUAGCAGUUGGCGAAGAAGAAGCUGAGGAGGCUCGUGCGCAAGUGGAGAUAUGGCAAUAUGUGUUCGGGUUCACUCCAAUGGCCGUAGUGAAGUGCGCCCUGGAGCUCCGAAUCCCCGACGUCUUGGAAGCUCACGGCGGCGCCAUGACACAUUCCGACCUCUCCGCCGCUCUCGGCUGCUCGCCUUCCGUCCUCCGCCGGAUUAUGCGCUAUUUGGUGCACCGCCGCAUCUUCAGCCACCACCACCACCAGGAAUCAUCCCUAAUCGGCUACUCCCUCACUCCCCUCUCCCGCCUCCUCCUCAAAUACCGACUCCCCGCCAUUAAUGAUACUACUACUACUAAUAAUACUUCCAGCCUGGCCCCGCUGCUUAUGUUCGAGAGCUCUCCGGUGAUGCUCGCGCCGUGGCACCGCCUCAGCGCCCGGGCACUGGACACCAGGGCGUCGCCAUUUGCGGCUGCACACGGCGGCGAUAUAUGGGCCUACGUGGCGGCAAAUCCGUCCCACAGCAAGCUGCUUGACGAUGCAAUGUCCUGCCACGCUAGCCUCUUCGUGUCCACCAUAACUCAGUGCUACCCGGAGGCCUUCCAGGGGCUGUCGUCGGUUGUCGACGUCGGCGGCGGCGACGGCACUGCUCUCCGUGUUCUGACCGCAGCCUUUCCCGCCAUUCGCGGAAUCAAUUUGGACCUCCCGCACGUGGUGUCGGAGGCUCCUCCCUCCGAGGGGAUAGAGCACGUGGCCGGCGACAUGUUCCAAAUGGUUCCCAAGGCCGAUGCGGCUUUUCUCAUGUGGGUGCUGCACGAUUGGAACGACGAGGAGUGCAUUCAGAUACUGAGCAAGUGUCGGGAGGCGAUUCCCAAGGGCAGAGGGAAGGUGAUAGUGGCGGAGGCUGUGAUCAGCGACCAACAUGUGAGCGAGGAGGACAGCAAGUACGAGGAUGUGCGUCUGGCUCUGGACAUGGUGAUGCUCGCGCACACCGAGACCGGUAAGGAGAGGACACUGCAAGAAUGGGAUUACGUCAUCAAACAAGCUGGAUUCACUAGCUACACUGUGAAGCACAUUGAAUCAGUCGUCUCUAUUAUCGAGGCGUAUCCAUAGAUGACGACCACGACUGGUCUGCCUGAAUCUGAAUCUGAAUCUGAAUCUUGGUGGGUAGAUCGGAUCGAUCAUCAUGUAUCACGUGGACCUGCAUUAUUGCCAUUGUCUUCUCGCUACUGCAGCAUAUCAAUUAAAUUAUUAAUGUUUAAGUUAUUAUUUUCGAUUUCGUACCUGUAUUAAUAAUAAUUAAUAUUAAACCUAUAUGUAACGUAUGGGUUGUGAA